GAGAGGUGGCGGAGAGAGCGAAUGCAGGAAAAGGAAGUCAGAGAGAGAGCUAGAUCGGAGGGGAAGCGGAUGGGAGCGACAUGGCAGUUGGAGAAGGAGAGGGAGUGGAGAGAAGAGAGAGAUUUCAGGGCAGUGAAAGAGAGGGAAAGGUCAGAGGAGCAGUUGGAAAGUUGAAGUGAAACGAGGUGGCGGAAGGGCUUGGAGGCAUCGCAGACGGUGGCGUUGUGUGGGGAGGGCUGGAUGCAGGGGUCCCUAGUGGUGGGGAUAUUGAGGGACUGGAGAGCUUGUAGUUCUUUAGGGUCUAGAGUGGAGGCAGAGGAGGAAGAGGGAGUGGUGGUAGGGGGUUUAGGGGAAGAGGGAGUGGUGGCAGGGGGUUUAGGGGAAGAGGUGGGAGAUGGAGUGGGGGAGACUGCGGGUUUAGUAGUGUUGGGGGUGGUGGCGGCGGCGGCUGAAGUGACAGUUGUAACAGAAAGGAGGAGGAGUAGGAGGUUGAGGAGGAGGAGAAAUGCCGGCGGUAGUUUCAUGACUCCGGGGAGUGUUAACGAGUUGGAGGAAGUGAAGUGAAGUGAAGUGAAGUGAAGGAGCGAGACCUGGAAGCAAAAGGAGGGGAUUGGUUCAAGGUUGUCGGGACUGUUGAUGAUCAGUUUAUGGUCAUGGAUUUUGAAUUAUUUACAUAAUUGCACCUCUCUUUGUCUUAAUUUAAUUAACUCAAUCUUAACUU